UAUGUUGAUACGGUACACCUCAGCUUUGUGUUUCACAACAAAAACGUUGUAAAAUUAGUGGUCGAAAUAUCACUACUUAGAUUAUGUCAGACUCUUUACUUGUGGAAACGGGUAUUUACCCGAUUCCCUGAAUCCGAUUUCAUUCAUUUAUAACUAUCACCCAACCUUCAUUUUGCUGAAACCGAUCGGAGUUUACGAGAGGAUCAAACAAAAUCAAAACUCGAAAAUUGGAAGUACUAUAGAUCAACAAAUAAAGGGUGCGCCAACGCGUAUGAUAGGAUCUAGCUUUCUAUUCAUGACGUGAAGCUCUAUAACUUGAGCAUUUGGAUUCAUCUAUCAUGGAGUUACUACUUUGUUACGAUUCUUUCUUGUGCUGAAGAACUUGUACAUUUAAUAGUGGUUUAAGGAAGUCCUACAUUCUUUACAAAUUUUGAAUACCGCACUUGGUGCUAGUGUAUGAUUUUCUGGAACUUUAUGCUUAAAGCCAAAGUUGGAUCUCAGGACAAUUAUCACUUCUACCACAACCCUUCAUUCACAUUGAACACAGAAGAAGCGAAUGGCAGAAGAAGUGAGCAACAAACAGGUCAUUCUAAAACACUAUGUCACUGGUUACCUUAAGGAAUCGGACAUGGAAUUCAAGAAUACCACCAUCAAACUGAAUGUUCCAGAAGGUUCUAAUGCUGUGGUUUUGAAGAAUCUUUACUUGUCCUGUGACCCUUACAUGCGUUCGCGCAUGAGAAAAAUUGAGGGUAGCUAUGUUGAGUCCUUCACUCCUGGCUCUCCUAUCACGGGAUAUGGAGUGGCUAAAGUUUUGGAGUCUGGUGAUUCAAACUUCCAGAAAGGUGACUUAGUUUUGGGAAGGACUGGAUGGGAGGAGUAUAGUAUUGUAACAGUUACUCAGACUCUGUUUAAAAUUCAUGACAAGGAUGUCCCUCUUUCCUACUACACAGGAAUCCUUGGGAUGCCUGGGCUGACAGCUUAUGCUGGUUUUUAAGAGGUUUGCUCCCCCAAGAAGGGAGAAACUGUCUUUAUUUCAGCUGCUUCUGGAGCAGUUGGUCAGCUUGUUGGGCAAUUUGCAAAGAUGCUCGGUUGCUAUGUUGUUGGUAGUGCUGGAAGCAAAGAAAAGGUUGAUCUGUUGAGGAGCAUGUUUUGUUUUGAUGAAGCUUUUAACUACAAAGAGGAGCAGGAUUUAGAUGCAGCUCUGAAGAGGUACUUCCCUGAUGGAAUUGACAUCUACUUUGAGAAUGUUGGAGGGAAGAUGCUUGAUGCAGUUCUUCUGAAUAUGAAACUCCAUGGCCGUAUUGCUGUGUGUGGGAUGGUCUCGCAAUACAACCUUGAGCAGACUGAAGGAGUGCACAACUUGUUCUGUCUCAUCACAAAACGAAUCCGCAUGGAAGGAUUUCUUGUUUUUGAUUACUAUCAUCUCUACCCUAAAUAUUUGGAAAUGAUCAUUCCACAAAUAAAGGCUGGUAAGGUUGUGUACGUGGAAGACGUAGCUGAAGGCCUCGAAAGUGCUCCCAGUGCUCUAGUUGGUCUCUUCUCUGGUCGCAAUAUUGGAAAGCAAGUAGUGAUGGUUUCGCGUGAAUGAAUGUACACAAAUGUUAGGAUGGUGGUUGAUGUGCCAGUUCUUGUUUUGAUUAGGGAACGUACGUUUUGAUUGCAUGAUUUUGCUUAAUGCAUAUGUAGUCUGCUUCAAGCAAAAAAAAAAAACAAAAAACUAAUUCUGAUAUGAUUUAUAUAGUAUGUAGAGGACGAACUUUGAGAUGAACAUUAAUAAAGAUUUUCUCUCUCCUCUCA